AUGGCACCCGCCGAAGCCCCGGGCCCAGAUCCGGAGAAGCGGGUUCCCUCGGACAUCAACGCCGCCGCCGAGGAUGACCACGCCGUCUCGAAGCACCACAUCGCCGACGAGACGGGCGCGCUCGCCGCCUCGGCCCUCAGCUCGCCGCCCCUGGACGAGGCGCAGUCGCGGUCGGUCCUGAAGAAGCUGGACAGGCGGUUCCUCCCGUUCCUGUGCGUCACCUACGCGCUCCAGUUCAUCGACAAGACGUCGCUGGGCUGGACGAGCAGCAUCUUCUACUUCGGCUACCUGCUCGCCGAGUACCCCGGCGUCGCCGUGCUGCAGCGCUUCCCCGUCGCAAAGUUCCUCGGCGCCAACAUCAUCCUCUGGGGCGUCAUCCUGACGACGACGGCGGCGUGCGGCUCCUUCGCCGGGCUGGCCUCGGUCCGCUUCCUCCUCGGCGCCACGGAGGCCACCAUAUCCCCCGGCUUCGUCGUCGUCACGGGCAUGUGGUGGACGCGCCGCGAGCAGGCGGGCCGCUCGGCGCUCUGUGUCUCGUUCUUGGGCGUCGGCAGCUUCGUCGGCACGCUGCUGGCGUACGGCAUCGGCCACAUCCGCGGCUCGUUCUCGCCGUGGAGGUACAUCUUCCUCAUCCUCGGCGCCGUCACCGUCGUCUGUGGCGUCGUCUUCACCCUCUUCUGGCCGACGGAGCAGGAAAAGGUCGUCGCCGUCCAGAGGGUCGCCGAGAACAAGACGGGAACGGGCCGGAGCAAGACCUUCGUCGCGGCGCAGGUCGUCGAGGCCGCCAGGGACCCGGCCGUCAUCAUCCUGGGGCUCGUCUCCUUCGUCAACGCCAUCGCGUCGGGCGGGCUGGCUUUCGGGUCGUUGAUCGUCCAGGGCUUCGGGUUCAACCCUCUGCAGACGACGCUGAUGAACCUACCGCUUUCCACGGUCCAGGUCGUCGCGCAGCUCGGUGCCGGCUUCUUGACGAGCAAGAUGCCGGGCUCGCGGCUGCAUAUUGCCACGGCUGCCAUGGUUCCGCCGAUCAUUGGCACGCUGCUGAUUAACCAGCUCCACCUGGACAACAAAUGGGGUUGCCGGUAA